AUGAAAAUUAAAUUUGUAAUAAUAUUAUUAUUUCUAAUACAUGGAAUAAUUUCAGAUAACAAGCAUGCUCAUAAAUAUAAAAUAAAAAAUAAAAUAGCAAACAACAGGAUAUUAUUUUUAGAAAGAGCAUUUAAAAAAAAGAAAAAUUUUAGAUGCUGGAAUAAUAAAGAAUGCAAUAAUUAUAUCAAUUUAUAUACUAUGAAAAAUCCUUUAAAAUGUAAAGUAGUCGAUAAAAUAAAGUUAGUGAGAGAAAAUUCUCUAAAUGACGUUUAUAACAUUGAAAUAUGCCAUCAUGGAAAAUUCAAGUAUUUAGAAGGACAGUCAUGUGGGAUUAUACCAUAUUAUUGCAAAAUUGAUAGUGUGGUAAAUGGUAAUAAAAAUGAUGAUAAGAAAAUAAAAAAACAUGCAAGAUUAUAUUCCAUAUCAUCAAGUAAUUCUGACAAUUUGUCUGUUGCUAUAAGGAUUCAUAAAUACGAAGAUAAUGAAAACGGAGUGAUAAAAUUAAAAUAUGGUUAUUGUUCUGGUUUUAUAAACAAUAUUAAAAAAAAUGAUGAUAUAUAUUUAACAGGAUCUCAUGGAUAUUUUAUUUUACCAAAUGAUGUUGUUGAAAAAAAUAAAAAUUUAAUUUUGAUUGCAACAGGGACAGGUAUUUCUCCUUAUAUUUCUUUUUUAAAAAAAAUCUUAGGAUACGAUAAAAAUAAUAUGAAAAAAAAAUCAAAUUAUAAUGGUCUAAUACAUUUAUAUUACGGUGUUUAUAAUGAAGAUUCCAUUUUAUAUAUAAAUGAGUUGGAAUAUUUUAAAAAGAUAUAUGCAAAUAAUCUACAUAUUCAUUAUAUUUUUUCCUCUUUAAAAAAAAUGGAUGGAACAUCUUUUUAUGUUCAGGAUGAAAUAUUCAACAAAAAAAAAGAAUUUUUAGAACUUUUUAAUGAAAAUAAAAGUGAACUUUAUAUAUGUGGUCAUAAAUCCAUAAGAAAAAAAAUUAUAGAUAUUAUAAAAGCUGAUGGAACUUUUAAUGAAGAAAAAAAAAAAAGAAUACAUGUAGAAGUUUAUUAA